AUGAAAAUUAAAGUCCUUUCUCGCGACAUUUCAGAGUACACGCGCGAAAGUCCACAGGACAUUCACAAAAUUAAACGAAAUUUUGAUUCCAAAUUGCACCCAUUUGAAAAAGCAGUCGAGUAUACAAGGGCUCUUAAUGCUGUAAAAUUGGAAAGACUAUUUGCAAAACCAUUUGUGGGGGCUUUGAGUGGUCAUGGCGAUGGUGUUUAUUGUAUGGCCAAACAUCCCAAAAAAUUGGCAACUAUUAUUUCAGGGAGUGUUGAUGGAGAACUGAGGAUUUGGGAUUUAGCAGAACGAGAAAGUGUAUGGAAAGUAACUGCACAUAAAAGUUCUGUCAAAGGGAUUUGUUGUAGUGCUUUAAAUAUGGGAUUAUAUUUUUCAUGUGGAACUGAUAAAACUGUAAAAAUAUGGAAUCCUGAUGAAAAUAACGAUGAGCCAGUAAAUACAUAUAUUGGAAAAUCUGCAUUUAGUGCGAUAGAUCAUCAUCGUUCAAAACCAAUAUUUGUAACCUCUGGUUCGCAAAUUGAAGUGUGGGAUGAAAAUAGCAUGGAUUGGGGAGUUGAUACAAUUAACACUGUAAGAUUAAAUCAAACAGAGACAAAUAUUCUGGCAAGUUGUGGCACAGAUCGAACAAUAAUUCUUUAUGAUCUAAGGACGAACUCUCCAGUAUCAAAAUUAAUAUUGCAAAUGAGAACAAAUGCUAUCGCUUGGAAUCCAAUGGAGGCUUUUAAUUUUACUGCAGCUAAUGAAGAUCAUAAUUGUUAUACUUUUGAUAUGAGAAAAAUGAAAAGUGCAUUAAACAUUCUCAAAGAUCAUGUUUCAGCUGUAUUAGAUGUAGAUUAUUCACCAACAGGUGAAGAAAUAGUUACCGGUUCAUAUGAUAAAACUCUUAGAAUAUUUUCAGCACGUCAAGGUCACAGUCGAGAUAUAUAUCACACAAAACGAAUGCAACGUUUAUUCUGUGUCAAAUUUAGUAUGGACUCGAAAUAUGUUCUUUCAGGAUCUGAUGAUGGAAAUGUUCGACUUUGGAAAGCUAAUGCAUCUGAAAAAAUUGGUCCUAGAGAUUAUAGGGAACGAUCAUAUUUGGAGUAUUCGGAAAAACUUAAAGCACGCUAUAAACAUCUUCCAGAGGUUAAAAGAAUUGCAAGACACAGGCAUAUACCAAAACCAAUUAAGAAUGCACAAGAAAAACAUCGGAUCAUGUUACAAUCUCAAAAACGAAAAGAAGAAAAUCUACGAAGACACUCGAAAAAAGGAUCAGUUCCUUAUCAAGCAGAAAGAAAAAAACCAAUUGUUUCUAUCGACAAAUAA